GAAAUAGAUGUAAUCCUUCUUCCUUUUUUAAUAUUUCUGUCGGCUAAUCUUUAAGCUCAUCCUCCAAGAACCACAUCAGUUUGGUGAAUAAACACUAUAGAUCCCUCCUCUUAAAUCAAGGUUUGAGAAUCUUUUGAAGAAGACAAGAGUAGAUGGAGAUGAUGAAUCUCAAAAGAAACACGUUUGUAAAGUUUACUGAAAAUGAAGAUUCUUGGAACAGACCUUCAGUAACUUCAGUUAUUAAAAAAACAGUUAGACGUAGCUUUGAGAAAGGCUCAGAGAAGAUCAGAACCUUUAAGCAGCAGCCAUUAACGUUUCAUUCUCAAAAGAAGAAUGAGAACAAGAAAAAGAUAAUACGAGUGAUGAAUCCUAACGACUCUUAUCUUCAAAACUGGAACAAGAUUUUCUUGCUCCUUUGUGUUGUAGCGUUAGCAUUUGAUCCUCUUUUUUUCUUCAUCCCCGUGGUGGAUCCAGACAGAUUCUGUCUUAAACUAGACAAGAAACUCGAGGCAGUGGCUUGUGUUUUCCGCACUUUCAUCGACGCUUUCUAUUUGGUUCACAUGUUGUUUCAGUUUAAUACUGGCUUCAUUGCUCCUUCUUCUCGUGGUUUUGGAAGAGGAGAGCUUGUUCAGAGUUCUAAAAAAAUCGCUGUGAGAUACCUCAAGUCAUACUUUAUAAUCGAUGUUCUUUCUAUUCUCCCUAUUCCUCAGGUAGUUGUUCUAGCUGUUGUUCCAUCGAUGAGUCGACCUGCGUCACUGGUAACAAAAGAGCUAUUGAAAUGGGCAAUAUUUUGUCAGUAUGUUCCGAGGAUUGCACGAAUCUAUCCGCUUUUUAAAGAAGUAACAAGAACGUCCGGUUUGGUAACUGAGACUGCAUGGGCUGGAGCUGCUUUAAACCUAUUCCUCUACAUGUUAGCUAGCCAUGUCUUUGGAUCUUUUUGGUACUUGAUAUCGAUUGAAAGGAAAGAUAGAUGUUGGCGUGAAACAUGUGCUAAAAUAGAAGGAUGUGUUCAUGGGAACUUAUACUGUUCGGGUGGGGAAGACAAUAGCCAGUAUCUAAUAGGUUCUUGCCCGUUGAUGGACCCAGAGGAGAUAAAAAACUCGACGGUUUUCAACUUUGGUAUAUUCGCUGAAGCAUUGCAGUCUGGAGUUGUGGAGUCAAUGAACUUCCCUAAAAAGUUUUUCUAUUGUUUCUGGUGGGGUCUUCGCAAUCUUAGUGCUGUGGGGCAAAACUUGAAGACAAGUGACUUUGAAGGAGAGAUCAUUUUCGCGAUCAUCAUUUGUAUCUCUGGACUAGUUUUGUUUGCUCUUCUCAUAGGAAACAUGCAGAAAUAUUUGCAAUCAACUACGGUAAGAAUUGAGGAAAUGAGGGUGAAAAGGAGAGAUGCAGAGCAAUGGAUGUCUCACCGUAUGUUGCCAGAUGAUCUGAGAAAACGUGUACGUGAAUACGAACAGUAUAAAUGGCAAGAAACCAGAGGAGUUGAGGAAGAAGCUCUUCUCUCUAGUCUUCCGAAAGAUCUUAGAAAGGAAAUUAAACGCCAUCUUUGUUUGAAUCUCCUCAAAAAGGUGCCGUGGUUUAAAGCCAUGGAUGAUCGGCUACUAGACGCACUUUGUGCACGUUUGAAUACAGUUCUUUACACGGAGAACAGUUACAUUGUGCGUGAAGGUGAACCGGUCGAGGAUAUGGUGUUUAUAAUGAGAGGAAAACUUAUAAGUACAACUACUUAUGGUGGCCAAACCGGAUUCUUCAAUAUUGCUCAUUUGGAAGCUGGUGAUUUCUGUGGAGAUCUUCUCACUUGGGCACUGGAUCCUAACACCUCUCACUUACCUAUCUCUACUAGAACCGUUCAAGCUGAGACAGAAGUCGAAGGCUUUGUCCUCUCAGCUGAAGAUCUCAAAUUCUUCUCUACACAGUACCGUCGCCUCCAUAGCAAGCAGCUACGACACACGUACAGGUGUUAUUCAGUGCAGUGGCAGACAUGGGCAGCAUGUUUUAUACAAGCAGCAUGGAAGAGAUACUGUAGAAGGAAGCUCUCAAGGGUUUUACGUGAAGAAGAAGAAAGACUACAAAACACUCUUCAGACCACCGAUGAUUCAGGAGGCAACAAACUUAACUUAGGUGCUGCGAUUUAUGCGUCUAGGUUUGCUUCUCAUGCUCUGAGGAAUGUAAGGGCUAAUGCAGCUGCACGCAGCUCUAUGCUUCCUCAUAUGCUAUCUUUGUUGCCUCAGAAACCAGCUGAUCCUGAGUUUCCUAUGGAUGAAACCUAAUGUUGUGUGCAUAUAGAAGUAAAGAAUGUCUAUCCUUGGAGCCAAGUACUGCUUCCAUAGUGAUUUCAAAUAAUUGUGUAACCAUUUGCACAUGGUCCAUUUAAUUGGUUAACAAUUAUCUUUUUCUUUA